AUGAGAGUCGAAGCCGACAAGCAGCUCAAGCCCGCGGCGGCCAACCGUUCGAGGAAGCUAUCUGAAUGGGCACAAUGGCUGGAAGAACGGCAAAUAUCGCUCUCAUUCGGCCUCAUUGCCGCCUUAUUGGCAGCAACCCACGUGUACGCCCCGGAGCCGGCGGUGGCGGACGGCGUCAGCGCCGCAGCCUCCUCCUCGCUUAAAGCCCGGCUCCGCGCGCUUGCGUCGCAUAACCCGCGGACGGGCCUGUACGCCGUCGGCCCCGGCGACCUGCUCCUCGUGCUCCUCGUCGUGCUGCUGCUCACCGGCCUGCGCGCCGCCGCCAUGAAGCUGGUUCUCUCGCCGCUGGCCGCCCGCUGGGGCGUCGCCCGGCCCGCCGACGCGACGCGGUUCGCCGAGCAGGCGUGGAUGCUCCUCUACUACAACAUUUUCUGGCCCUUUGGGAUGUACUUGUAUUGCGGCUCGGGCUACUUCCUCGACAUGGAGGCGCUGUGGACGGACUGGCCGCGGCGCGAGAUUGCCGGCCCGAUGAAGGCGUACACGCUCGCGCAGCUCGCGUUCUGGGCGCAGCAGGUGCUGGUGAUUCACCUGGAGCGGCGGCGCAAGGACCACGCGCAGAUGCUGGGCCACCACCUCGUCACCGUCGCCCUCAUCACGGCUGCGUACGCGUACCACCAGACCAAAGUCGGCAACCUGAUCAUGGUCCUGAUGGACGUCAUCGACCUCUUCCUCCCGCUGGCCAAGUGCCUCAAGUACCUCGGCUUCACCUGGAUCUGCGAUGUGCUCUUUGGCUUCUUCGUGCUGUCGUGGGUUGGAGCCCGCCACGUGCUCUUCCUGGUCACCUGCUGGAGCGUGUAUGCGGACUUGCCGCGGCUCACGCCCGACGCGUGCUUCCGCGGGUCGGCGGGCAGCCUGCGGGCAGCAGAGGCGGAAGGUUGGCGGCGCUUCUGGGAGCCGUUCGCGGACCCGACUGGGCGGGUGUGCUUCGGCAGAGACGUGGGCAACGCGUUCUUGGUGUUGUUGCUGGCUCUGCAGGCGAUGAUGAUGGUGUGGUUCACGUUCAUCGUCAGGAUCAUCGUCAAGAUUGUACAGGGUCACAGGGCGGAGGACGUACGCAGCGACUCGGAGGAGGAUGAGGAUGAGUAG